UAGCUUUUAGUCACACCUUCUACUACAUACUAGGACCUACUUCGUAAAGAUUAUAUUUGCAAUCAUGUCGAACCCAAAAACAAACGCAAAGAGUACUUUCCUCUUUAGCUCUGAGUCGGUUGGCGAAGGGCAUCCUGAUAAACUCUGCGAUCAGGUCUCAGAUGCUAUUCUCGAUGCUCAUCUCAAAGUUGAUCCCAAUGCUAAAGUCGCGUGUGAAACUGCAACUAAAACAGGCAUGGUUCUUGUUUGCGGUGAAAUUACAUCAACGGCCGUUGUGGAUUAUCAGAAUGUGAUCCGUGACACAAUAAAAAAGAUUGGAUACGAUUCCUCUGAUAAAGGAUUCGACCACAAAACCUGCAGUGUCUUGAUUGCCCUCCAACAGCAAAGCUCUGACAUUGCGGGCGGUGUCCACAAAGAUAGAAAAGAAGAAGAUAUCGGCGCCGGUGAUCAGGGUCUCAUGUUUGGCUAUGCCACUGAUGAGACGGAAGAACUCAUGCCCCUAACAGUUGUUUUAGCCCACAAUCUAAACAAGAAGCUUGCUGAAAAGAGACGAGAUGGAUCUAUGCGCUGGCUGCGACCUGAUUCCAAAACACAAGUUACCAUCGAGUAUGAAGGAAAAUUGGGUGAUGGUGAAAUCAAACCUCUUCGAGUCCACACCAUCGUGAUUUCUGUUCAGCACAACCCUGACAUCGAGUUACAAGAAAUGAGGAGGCAAUUGAAGGAGAAAAUUAUCAACGAAGUCGUCCCUGCCAAAUAUCUUGAUGAUAAAACAGUCUACCAUCUCCAACCGUCUGGUGCAUUUGUGAUCGGAGGCCCCCAAGGUGACGCAGGUUUGACAGGAAGGAAGAUUAUUGUCGACACUUAUGGUGGAUGGGGAGCACAUGGAGGAGGUGCCUUCUCUGGGAAGGACUUCUCUAAGGUGGACCGAUCUGGUUGUUAUGCUGCUAGGUGGAUUGCUAAGUCUCUCGUGGCAGCCAAGUUGUGCCGCCGUGUCUUGAUCCAAAUCUCGUAUGCCAUCGGUAUUGCCAGACCUCUUUCAAUUACUGUGUUCUCUUACGGAACAAGCAUUAAGUCUGAUGAGGAGCUUUUGGAAAUUAUCAAGAAAAACUUUGAUCUUCGCCCGGGCGUGAUAGUCAGGGACCUUGACUUAAAGAAGCCCAUAUACCAGGAGGCGUGCGUGUACGGUCAUUUCAAACCUGGUUUUACCUGGGAAGUACCCAAGAAGCUGAUUUUUGACUGAACUUACAGACCAAGAAACGCUAGAUGAGAGUGGUCACUAUAAAGCAAAUAAGAAUGACUCAACUGAGUAAUACAAUAGCAACCCAAUUUAAUGACAGUGCAGGACAAGAAAGAGCCCCGGAGCAUACGAGAUUGAAGCCAUGUAAACCAUAUAGUUACUAUCGAUGCUCCUUUCAAACAUCAUAAAGUACUUUUUUCACUUAAUAAUUUGCAUAAUAGGAAAUGAAAUAAACACUUUCUUGACGAGUUCAGAAAAUAGUUAUCUCAUGGUUUAUUGAUGGGUGAUUAUGUCAUCUUUUGAACAGUUUUCUUUUAUGGGCGUGCAGUUCACAUGUAUUCCUUUCUCCAUUUAUUCAUAUCAAUUUUGGUGAAGGGUGACGAAAACCGAGUA